GACUCAAGUGAUCUACCUGCCUCAGCCUCCCAAAGUGCUAGAAUUACAGACCUGAGCCACUGUGCAUGGUCGCAGCUGUCAUUUGAAAAAGUUAAGUAGACUACUUUGACUGAUAAAACUAGCCUUUUAGAGGCAGAGGCUCAUGUAUAUAUCCUAACAAUUGUUCUGUAAAAGCCUGCGAAUUGGGAACUGAUGAACCUGAAGCCCCUGCCCACUUUCAUCCCCUCUGGUGAUUAUUGCCAAUAAUAUGUCUGUGACCUGGUGUGAGGAUAUAUUACUGCUUAUCUGUUUUGGACAAGCAUAGUCAUGCAUUUGUUCUGUUUGGAAGAGAGAAUGGAUAAUAAAUAGUCAACACUCUCUGCAGCAGAAAAAGGCAAAAACCAAUAAAACCAAUUUUGAUUGUGUAAACAUGAUAUAGGUAGUCCUUAGCUUGAUGGAAACUUGAAAUAUUUCUCCUUAAACAUGUUUUAAAGGGUAGCUGGGUUCCCAGGUAGUUUGUUCUUUCAAAUGAAUGAAUAUUUGUUCUUUCAUCGAUUCCCUUUCAUCACUGCACAUUAGGCUGUAUAUUAAAAACUAAGGAUACAAAAAAGAGAGAGCUCUUACCAGGAAGAAGUUUGAAAUCAUGUGGUGACGUUACCAUGUAAACAUGAUUAAAAUAUAAUACAGAAGAUAGUAAACCGAAGCCAUGAACAAAGUAAAAGGAGAGUAGAUAAAGGUGUUUCUAAAUGUACACUGAAGAGAAGAAAAUGUACGAAAAGCAGAUUCUGGCCAGGCGCAGUAGCUCACACCUCUAAUCCUAGCACUUUGGGAGAAUGAGGUGAGAGGAUUGUGUGAGCUCAGGAGUUUGAGACUAGCCAGGGCAACAUAGUGAGAGCUCAUUUCAAAAAUUUAAAAAGUUAAAAAAUGAAAGUAGGUAUUUUGAUUAAUAAUAUAGCCAAACUAGUUCCAUUAAGAUACUUAAUUCUCAACAUUGGUUUACUGUCGGUUCUUCCACCAUUCCUUGGAGCUCUGGUUUUCAGUCUCUUUCCAGGCUACCUUGUAGCAAUUUGAGGGUCUGUCAUCAGUUUAUGCUGGGUUUCAAAGAUCCAGGAGAAGCUUAGUGUUGUGUCAAGACGAGGAUGGACCCAACACAGAAGUUUAAUCCAACCUUCAGCCCAGAGUCUUCACAAAUGCUCACCGAAGAAAAUUCCCGGGACGAUUCAGGGGCCUCUCAAAACUUCUCCGACACAUUGAUAAAGAACCUUAGUAAGCUGACUCUCAAUGCUGGUACUGAAUUCCCUUCCCCUUUACCAGAAGGUUUACUUCAUCGAGAGUCUAUAGGAGCAGCAGUCCUCAGGGAAGUCGGAGAUGAUUUGCCUUACAGGAGGGGUGGAGUAAGAACAUUGCUGCCUGUGCAGAGAGAAAGGAUGGCAAGAUUCAGAUACAUGUUACUUGGCAGAGGUCCUAGGAAGCAUGUAAGAACACUAACAAACACUGGGCUUAAGGGAGUUAAGAAUGCAUCAAGAAUGUUCAAAUGUCCCUGCAGUUUCUUUGUGUCUAGUGGAUGGUCUGAGAAUGCUAGAAUAGGGAAUUAUGACAGCAAGCCACUUCAGCGAUAAACCUUAUUCUUGCACUUUUUUUUCUUGCUGGUAAUUUUAUAUAGCAGACCGAGAAAGCUACUCUCUGCUAGUAUAGAUUAUACACCAAUAAUUUUGAUAAUGAGUUCUAGGAUGUAUUUUUCUUGUAUCUUUUUCUUCCUACUGUGAUACUAGUAAUUUAUAAGGGAUCUGUGUAGUUUGAAUGUAUUUGAAUAACUUUAGCUCUACUGUUUGAUUUGACCCGAAGAAGCCAAGAGGAUAUAAGUAUUCCCAUGUGUUUUAGAAGCCCAAAGUCAGUGAGGUGACACCCAACAUCAAGAAACUGAAGCAAAGUUACUUGUGGAUAAAGAAAGCAUUAGCUAGCUUGGCUAGAGCAUAAUAAUUAGAUUUUCUGGCUUUCAAAAAUUUGGGUUGCAAUAAGAGCAAACUUUAUGCUAUUUUUACAGUUUUCAGUACAAAAAGAUGUAUAUAUAAAAACAAUAAAGUUGACAUUUGAGUACCUUU